AUGGAGUGGCACAGGGGACUGGCCUCCCGUGGCUGUCCCUUGCACACACUGCCAAGUCAGCACAUCCCCAGCACGAAGCGCCUGUGGUGUGGCAGGAGGAAAUGGCCCACACAAACACACACGCAUCAUGUUGGAGGGGAGGAGGGAGCCUGCUGGGAGAAGUGCAUGGACAAGCCGGGUCCGAAGCUGGACAGCCGGGCCGAGACGUGCUUCGUGAACUGUGUGGAGCGCUUCAUCGACACCAGCCAGUUCAUCCUGAACCGGCUGGAGCAGACACAGAAGUCCAAGUCGACCUUCUCAGAGAGCCUGUCCGACUGAGUGGGACCUGCGCCCCGGGGGACACCGGCCAGCGCCCUGCGAGGCUGGGCCCUCCGCUGCGCUGGCUCCCGGUCACUCUGCCGCCUGAAUGAGCCAGGAUCAGCUCUGGGGUUUAGGAUUUAAUUAAAUGCAGUCUUGGGGAAGUUGCAGCCAGAUGAGAGCCCAUGACAGAGGCACAGUCACUCCUCCUCAGGGUGACGCGCUGCCAGCAGCUGUCUUUGCACUGGGACUCCUGGGCUACCGAUGCUACGUAGGGAGCAUUUGGCACGCACCCGCUCAGCUGAAAGGAGGGGUGGUGAUGCUCGCAUCAGGGGCUGAUGUGAAUCUCAGCCCUGGGCGAGACCAGCCUGUGACCGCUGCCUUAAACAGUGCUGCACAAAACAAACCCUCCUGGGUAGAUGCUAACAAGCCCUGCAGGCGCCAUUGCUGUGCAGUCCGGCACAGGUACCCUUAGUGAGAAGAGUUUGUUGAGCACAGUGACCAUCCCACACAGUGUCGCUACUGGAAAAUACUUUCACACUUCCAUAGGUAAAUCGUUCAUGUGGCCAAGUGACAAAUUUUCAAAUUGCAGCACAACUCUGUCAAUACUGACUUGCUCCAUUAACUGCUUUCCCCUGGUCAAUGUAAUAAAUAUUAACUGGGUCAA